AUGACAUUCGUCACGGCGCCGCGUUCCGCCACCUCCUGUCUGGAUGUGGACUCAGGUGCGGCCGGUGGCAUCAGAAUCGCUUUCGUGACGUCAUCAUUGGUCAACAAGGAACUUGCCCGAGACCAGCAGUGGCAGUUGAGCUCUGGAGAUCGAGACCAAAGUAUCGAGCAUCUGUCAGUCGGCGAGCGGCCAAUUCAUCUGCGCAGCAACGGAAACGUCUACCGACCGACCGAGCAUCCAUCCAUCAAGUUCAGCACCUCUCUCGCUCACAGGAGUGCACCCGUUCCGGCGGACGUGAUUCACGACACCGAUUGA